AUGGAUGCGCGAGACAACAGCCCUUCAAACACUCGAGAGGGCUUCACCACACAAGCAACAUGGCCUCUGCGAUUCCGCCUGAAAUUGCCGGAACCAAAGCAGCAAGGAGCGGUCGGAGACUUGCCGCUGGAAGCGGGUCCGACUGAGCAGGUUUGGUGGAGUUAUGAUUUAUACCGUGGUCCACGAAACCAAAGACCGAAAGUCCUGUACGCCAGAUCCAAGGCUGAAGCUGAGAAAAUCGCACAUGGAUUUUUGCAGGAAGAUGUUCUAGGUUUUGACAUGGAAUGGCCAUGCUUUGAUGGGACCAUACGGGGUGAAGAUCGACUGCAAGAUAAGGUCGGAUUGAUAGCCAUCGCAUGCGAGACAAAGAUCGCUCUCUUUCACAUCGGCGCCUACACUGGCAAGAAGCCCGAGGAUUUUAUCGGCCUUUCACUACAAGCAAUCAUCGAGUCGCCGCGCAUAAAGAAAGCCGGGGUCAACAUUCUGACCGCGGACUUUGGGAGGCUCCGGGACUGGUUCGAACUAGAUCCUCAGGGUGCAGUGGAACUGAGUCACCUCCACAAUCUCGUCACCUAUGGGCAUAGCGGCCAGACUAGUCUAUGCACAACAAAGCUGUGUGCCCUGGAGAAACAAGUUCAGACGCACUUGCAGUUGCCGUUGAAGAAGAGUAGGGUUCGGACGAGCAAUUGGAGUCAGAAGAAGCAGCUUAGCCGUGAGCAAAAGGCAUACGCGGCCUCCGACGCGUAUGCUGGUUUCAUGCUGUAUCACUAUCUGAGCUCUUUGAGGCUGUCGAUGGAACCCAGUCCGCCGCCGCCGCCAUUGUAUGCGGAGAGGUACAAGUCACUCGACAUACCGAGAAGGGGAACUGCACUCCUGCUCGAGAUCGAAGACUCUGGUAACGAAGGAUCCGUGAAUGUCAUCACGGCCUUAGAUUACUUCGAAGGUCGUCAUGAGAAUAUUCAUUCAGCCAGGGUAAUGUCGUCAACGAUGCCAACCUCACAAGACUCCGACUUGGAAGGUUCCCAAGAACCAUUGUCCGCACCAAUUCAACAGAAAGCCGCCAUGCCAUCCGCCAUGCGCACCUCAUACUAUACUAACGCACAGCGCCUGAGGAGCAACCCAUCGAGCAAGAAACCCGACACCUUGCUCCAGAAACUCAAAAUUCAUCGCGAGAAAAUCGCUAAACAGAGGCGAUUAGACACAUGGAAGAUCAUACACACCUCUGCACUGAAGCUGAUCGCGGAACACAAGCCCGAGAACGAGACAGCACUGAUGAAUAUCAAGGGGGUUGGGCCGCAGACGGUGAAGAAGUACGGAGCUGCAUUUUUAAACAUCGUCGCUCUCCAUGUCGGGCACGAUAGACAAUCGACUGACGCCGAGCAAUCGGACAAGGAAACUGACCCCGGUGCUGAUGAAGCUAUCUUGAGAUCAGGCGGCGGCAGGAAACCGACUGAUACGACCCAAAAUAAUUCUCCUAGCCCGGGAACGUCACAACUUCACACAGUAGUGUCUUCCACUGUGGAGAACAAAGGUCUCAGUAGUGGAGGUCUGUCUCAACCAAAUGACGUUGACGGCUCCAAUAAUGUCGCGUCGCCGCGAAUCCCAACUUCACACGGGGUAAAGAGAAAAAGAGCACAGACUACCGAGAUGCUGGAGGAGGUCAUCGGCCACAUGAUACGAUUCCUUGAUACCACAGUCAUGAUAUCUACUUUCAAUACCUCUGAGUAG